AUUUAAUUAAAAUGGGAUCAUCUUGUUGUGCUUAACAAGUGGCCGAAGAGUAGGAUAAUGAAUUAGAAAAUAAAUACAAGUACGAUCCUAACAAAUAACCAGCUAAGGGAGCAUUUAAGAAAUAAAAUGAAGAUAAAAAAAUGGUCAAGUUUCCAACUAGAGUAAGAUAAGAGGAUGAUGAUAAACAUAAAGGUGACUUAGAAGAAAGUCCUAUAGGAAAUCCCUUAAUUGAAGAAAAUGUUGUUGCACCAGAUGCUAAAUCUCAUAAGUCAUAACACACUUAAAAAUCUCACACAACCAAUAAAAGAGGAUUAUUUAGCAAGUAGGUAAGUUAAUUUGUAAAAUGCGAAGAUGAAUGA